AUGGUGGAUCUCCCCCCUCUAGUGGUCAACCCCUUGUCAGUGGCCACAAACGCUAGGGGUAAGAAACGUUUAGUCUUAGAUCUCAGACACGUCAACCCUCACUUACACAAACUUAAAUUUAAAUGCGAGGAUGUUGACACAGCAGUACUCUUACUGAAUCCUGGUGAUUUCUUGUUCACAUUUGAUAUCAAGAGUGCAUACCAUCAUGUAGAAGUUUUUAAAGAUCAUCAAACAUAUUUAGGUUUUCAGUGGGUUUAUAACGGCAAGUCCCAAUAUUUUAUUUUUCGGGUUCUGCCCUUUGGGCUUUCUACUGCACCUCUGGUGUUUACUAAAAUUUUAAAACCAGUACUUCGACAUUGGAGGUCCUCAGGUAAAAGAGUCUGCAUGUUUCUGGAUGAUGGCUUAGGGGGUGGUUUAUCACUACAGAGUGCCACCAUAGUCUCACAGGCAAUCAAGAGAGAUCUGAUUCAGUUAGGGUUCCUUCUCAGCGAGAGUAAGUGUUUUUGGGAACCAAUGCCGAUACAAACAUGGCUUGGCCACAUUUUUAAUAUGUCUCUUAAUCAGUUGUUUGUUACCGAAACACGGUUACAGAAAUUGGAACAAUCUCUAGAUAACAUCUUAGGGUGCCCCAAAAAAGUAACGGCGAGACAACUGGCAGCAGUAGCAGGGCAAAUAGUGUCCAUGUCCCGGGCUAUAGGCCCAAAAGUUUAUCUGUAUACACGCCAUAUGUAUUUCGCUAUAGAGACUAGGGAACAUUGGGGAUCCAUUUUGUCAUUCAAUUCUAAACUCACAACAGAAUUGCAGUAUUGGGUAAGCAAUCUCCGCACCCUUAACGGUAGGGACAUGUUCAGAGAACCACAGCUUUUUGACACCAUCGUGUACUCAGAUGCCUCAGACCAAGGGUAUGGG